AUGGUCCUCAGCGACACCAGCACAUCCGAUGGCGCCCGGACUUCUUCAAUAGAAAACAAGACCAGCAACCACGGAGAGAAGAUGUCCGAUUACCUUAAAAGAGAGACGUCUUCUUAUCCCGAAAGAAACACGAAGAGGAAGAAGAAGAACAAAGAAAACGAAAAGCUACUUACAAACCUACCGACCCGACAAAAGAUGAUGGAGUUUACGCAGUGUGAGGGUAACAUCGAAGAAGGUUAA